GGUGGGGGAGGCUUCCUAAAUAGAUAUACAAUGACUUGGUAAUUUUUCAUAUUUACAAAGGUGUUUACACGAAACAUCACUACGAUUAUUGUCCUGAGUCGAAAAUGGAAACGGUUGUAAUAUUCUUCAUUGCUAUUAGCCUAUUUGUCGUCCGUGCAGAAAUAUUAACGGAUUCUAUGUCUAGAAAUCCAGAGUAUGAUAACAAAAAUGUCCAUCCAACGAAAACGUUAACAACAUUGAAUUUCCGGAGUUUACUGCAGUGUGCAACAUUUUGUAGAAGUAACAUUAACUGCAAAGCUGUAUUCUACAAUUUAGGCAAUUCGUUUUGUCAAUUGCUUUCAGCAUGUUUAGAUCCUGCAGAUAUUAUCGGAAAACAAGAUUCACAGGGAUGGAUAUAUUAUGAAUUCAAAAAGCAAAAAUGCAACCAGUGGCACAAUUUUAAUCAACACCAGUAUAAAUUGGACAGAGUCCCAAGAAACUUUACCGCCUCACAGGUAUUCUGUUCAUCUUUGAACGAAGCAUCUUACAUCAUCGAAGUAAACUCGCAAGAUGAAAAUGAUUGGCUGGUUAAUUUGACUAAAGAUAUCUGUGGAUCAUCGGGCGAAUACUGGAUAAACGGGCACGAUGAAGAUAACUCUGGGAUGGUUCUGUGGUUGAAUACCAGAAAAAAUGCGAGUUAUACAAACUGGUAUUCCAACAGCCCCGAUCAUCAAUACGAAACGUGCAUCGUAUCCUCUAUUGAUUUUAAAGGAGAAUGGAAUGAUAUUUCUUGCAGAGAAUUAAGACCUGUUGUUUGUGAACUCGAUGCUAUUUAAUGAGUAGGCAGAUGAAAUGCAUUUGAUUUGCCUUCUUAUAGUGAUUAUAAACACAUAUGCAUAAUUCUUAGAAAAGUGUUAUGAAUAAAUAUUUUUAAAAAUUCAUCUGACUUUUCAGUCUCAAUCUGAACUCAUUGUAUCGGAUUCAUUUGUAGGCUAUCAAAGAAAAACAAAUGUACAACACUUUUUAUUCUUACUCAGUAACAUACUGCAUGAACUUAAUAUGGUUGCAUUGAAAAAUAAAUCAUGUUGUCAUCUGUAGUACAUGUAUUUCAAUAAAGUAAAAGCAAAGGUG